AUGGCCAUCCAGAGGGAGGAUUACCAUAAGGUUCUCAUCACAAAGACCACAACAGUUUACCCAAGAGCUCACCCCCAUGAGGCCAGAGUUAUCCAGCUCUCCAAUCUAGACAGAAAGUGCCCUUUGCUCAUGUACUUGGUGUUCUUUUACAGAUCACCUCCACCCCACCAACGCCUGUCAGCUGGCUCUCUUUUCUCUUCCUUAAAAAUGGGCCUGGAGGAUACCCUGUCUGCCUGGUACCCGGCUGCAGGGAGACUGUUCUUAAGCCCAGCCAAUGGAAAGCUUGACCUGGUUUGCACCAAUUCAGGUGCACUAUUAGUGGAGGCUGCCACUCGUUUGAAGAUCUCAGAGCUUGGAGACCUCUCUCAGUACAAUGACUUCUAUGAACGCCUUGUUUUCAGGCCUCCCUUGUCCAGUAGCUUCUCUGACAUGCCCCUUGUCGUUGCUCAGGUGACUAAGUUUGGCUGUGGAGGGUAUGCAGUGGGGGUAGGAACAAAUCACUCACUCUUUGAUGGGUUGGCAAACUAUAAUUUCAUGAAUGCAUGGGCCUCUAAAACAGUUGGAAAAGCAGAUGAGGCAGUGGAACUGGUUGAGCCAGUGCAUGAGAGGGGGAGGUUGUUGGUAGGUCGUGGCCAAAUUGAUAAGAAUUUAACUAGGCCUGGUGGAAGAGAGAAGAUGACAAGAGUCACAGCUGUCGAUCAUCUUUACCUGUUAAUAAAACAGGCAGUCUCCAUGGAACGCAUGGAUUCUCAUGGAAAACUUCAUGGAGAGCACAAAUUCUCAGAGGUGGGUAGCGCAAGCCAUGAACAAUUUGUUCUUGGGACCUUUUCUCUGAGAAGCUCCAUGGUAGGGAAGCUUAAGAGCAAGGCUACCAGUCGCUGGAGUGGCACUUCAUGCUCUUCCUUUGAGGUUGUGGCAGCACACUUAUGGAAGGCAAGGACUAAAGCCUUGGGAAUACAAAAAGACAGAAUAGUAUGUCUCCAAUUUGCAGUGGACACAAGGACCCGGAUGGAUCCACCCCUGCCCAAAGAGUUCACAGGGAAUGCCUACGUGCUCUCCUCCAUCUCAUGCACCAGUGGAGAACUCGAAAGAGAGAGCAUGGCAACAAUCAUUGAGAAGAUAAAGGAGGCAAAGCAAGCUGUGACCAAUGACUACGUGGGAGCCUAUCUGGAGGCCCUCGAGGCUCCACAAGGCGUGCUCCCUCCACUGCCUGAGCUCACGAUGGUCUCGGACUGGACAAGAACCCCCUACCACAAGGUGGACUUUGGGAUUGGAGAUGCAGUCUAUGUGUCACCAUUGGCUUCUCCUUUCCAACAGGUUGCUUACUUCAUGCAGAGUCCAAUUGAUGGAGGAGGGAUUGAUGUCAGAAUUGGUUUACUUCCGAAGCAUGUCCCUGCUUUCUCCCACUAUUUCCUGGGUAUGUUGUAAUAAGUCUGCAAGUCCUCAAACCAAGCACCAACCUAAACCUUUGAAGGGUUAUAAACAUAAUUAUAGAUGUAGCUUGUGUCAUGGAUGAUGGUCCUUACUAAGUUUCUGACCAUGUAUGACAAAAUGAAAAAUACUUUUCUUGGGUAAUUCUGCUA